GCUUCCGGUCAUGGAGCCGAGCAGACGUAGUUAAGUGAGCUCCUUGGAAAUGUGAUAGGAAUUGUUAUUUUCAAGACGAGUACCAUCUCAAAGUUUAAUAUUUAUACACUGGGUUGAUCUAGUGUGCAUUAUUUCAUUGGUCACCGGUUAUUUAAUCGGACUUUUGCGACGUUUCAAAGUUUUUCAGUCAGGUCAGCCACGAUGCUUAGUGCUAAGCAGCAAGUUGCCAAUGCUAAAGAUGGUGAAAAUUCUGCACGUGGUCAGGAUGACCAGUCUAGUGCUCCUUUAAAUGUGGCGACUUUCACUGACCAGUUGAACAUAUUGAAGACGGAACUUUUGGGGAAAAUUGAGUCAGUGGUUGGAGUAUUGAGAACUGAAAUAUCAUCUGUGCGUGAAGAAUUGACCUCCACUACCAGCGCUCUGCAAGUUACAUUGGACUCUCAUGCUAACCGGCUAGUCGAAGUUGAGAACAGUGCAGUUUUUUGUGGAGAUUCUGUACGGGAUUUGCACACUACCGUCACCACCCUGACCGGUGAGGUGUCGUCCUUGAAAGCUAAAUGUGAGGAGCUAGAAAGUAGAUCUAGACGGAAUAACAUCCGAGUGAUUGGCUUGAAAGAGGGCGCAGAGGGUCCUCAAGCAGCUAGCUGGCUAGCUAAAUGGCUGCAUGAUAUUCUGGAUCUUAGCUUUGAGCCAGCCAUCGAUCGUGCUCACAGAGCCUUACGUCCUAAACCGAAGAGUAACGAGGCACCACGGCCGGUGAUUUUACGACUGCUGUAUCAGAGGGACAGGGCCGUUCUACUUCGCAAAGCCAGGGAGAUGGGCGACUCACUACAACAUGAUGGCAGAAGGGUGCAUUUAUUUCCCGACCUCACGGCUGCUCAAUCUAAGAAACGCGAGGAAUUUACUGAUGUCAAACGCUUGCUGUGUGGGAAUUCUGCAGUCAAGGACUAUGGAUUUUUCUACCCAUCUGAGGAUCACUCUACUCAACGGCGAGCAGCACAGAUUCGAAAAUCCAGCCGCAGCUGAAUGCUUUAUACGGCAGCAUCCACUGAUUCAAGAAAGCCCCGCCGAGGUGAAUGACAACGUCGCUCCUAAUGAUCGUGCAGAUGUGGACUAAUGACCGCGCAGAUGUGACAACACAUAAGAUGCUGUGAUAAAGUCAUGUCCUGUGACACCACUUCUGAUUACAACGUAAAGCAUGCAGUACAGUGAUUCACAGCAAACAGGAAAAGCUCAAGGAGGAAUCUUAACUGUCAGCAUCCCUAUCCAAAAAUAUCAGGCUACUGUUAUUUCCAACUAAGAAAAAACAUGGUCUGGUAUGAAGGUUACAUGUUCUAUUCAUUACAUAAUAAU